AUGGCGGUGUGGUGGGGAUCUCAGUCGAAUGUGUUUCCCGGAUCCCCCUGUCCUACCUUGUCCUUGGCCCCUGGAACGCACCCUCUACCCCCUGCUCUUCCCAGCCCGGUCCUGUGGUCCUCCCGGCCCCCCACCACGUCUGCGGAGUGGGUGCCGGCCCCCUCCCCUGGGGGCACCAGUGAGGAGCUGAACGAGCCUCUGGACAAGCCUCUGGAGAACGAUGCGGAGGGCGUGUGGAGCCCCGACAUCGAGCAGAGCUUCCAGGAGGCCCUGGCCAUCUACCCGCCCUGCGGACGCAGGAAGAUCAUCCUCUCCGAUGAAGGAAAGAUGUACGGACGGAACGAGCUGAUAGCACGGUACAUUAAGCUACGCACAGGGAAGACACGGACAAGAAAGCAGGUGUCCAGUCACAUCCAGGUACUAGCGCGACGGAAGGCCCGGGAGAUCCAGGUGAAGCUGAAGGUACGCUACGACCAGGCUGCCAAAGACAAGGCACUCCAGAGUAUGGCCACCAUGUCCUCUGCCCAGAUCAUCUCCGCCACCGCCUUUCAGAACAAGAUGGCUCUGCAGGGGCUGUCCAGGCCGCCGUAUCCCACUGCCGGCGGGUUUUGGCAUGGCGGCCUUCCAGGACAGCCUAGGGGUCCUGAAGACAUUAAGCCCUUUUCCCAGCAGAGUUACGCCAUGCAAGCGUCCGGCCCGCCCCCCAUAACAGGCUAUGAGAGCACGGCGGGCCUGUCCAUGUCGCCGGGCACCCCCCCGUGGCAGGGACGCAGUAUCGCCAGCUCCAAGCUUCGCAUGCUAGAGUUCUCUGCUUUCCUGGAGCAGCCUCAGGACCUAGAGACCUUUAACAAGCACCUGUUUGUGCACAUCGGUCAGUCCAACCCCACCUUCAGUGACCCGUACCUGGAGGCAGUGGACAUCCGGCAGAUCUACGACAAGUUCCCUGAGAAGAAGGGAGGGAUGAAGGAGUUGUUUGAGAAGGGGCCGCCUAACGCUUUCUUCCUCGUCAAGUUCUGGGCUGAUUUGAGUGCCAACCUGCAGGACGACAGCAGUUUCUUCUACGGCGUGUCCAGUCAGUACGAGAGCUCUGAGAACAUGAUCAUCACCUCCUCCACCAAGGUCUGCUCCUUUGGAAAGCAGGUGGUGGAGAAAGUAGAGACGGAGUAUGCACGGUUUGAGAAUGGGCGGUAUGUGUUCAGAAUCCACCGGUCCCCACUGUGUGAAUAUAUGAUCAACUUCAUCCACAAGCUCAAACACCUGCCAGAGAAGUACAUGAUGAACAGUGUACUGGAGAACUUCACCAUCCUACAGGUGGUGACCAACAGGGACACACUGGAGACCCUGCUGUGUAUAGCCUAUGUCUUUGAGGUGUCUACUAGUGAGCAUGGAGCCCAGCACCAUAUUUACAGGCUUGUCAAAGACUGAGAGAGCCCUGUGGACAGAACCACUAUAUAGCACAACAACAAACCCAACAUUGGACAAUCUCCUCUAUAAGCUGCAAGCACCAUACAAUUGUCUGUCAGGACCCAAAGAAGCACUAGGAGAGUUGCUUGCACAGUGAAACGACUGUGGAAGAAGUGGAUUGAGAGCAUUGGGAGCUAGAGUGAACUUUACAACUGUGUGAUGUGAAAGUGAGGAGCAGAGGGUGGGAACCUUCAUUGUGGUAUAUCUAUAUGUACCAGAGAAGCCAAACGUCAAGACGAUGCAUGAGAACGUUGAUUUUCAUCUCAUUUUACUAGUGCUUGCUUGUUUGAUUUAGUUUAUUUUAUGCAGCUGCAUGAGCGGGAUUGUGUUUGGUUGUCCAUGGGCGACACCUAAUGACUUAAUGUAUAUUGCACACAGAAGAAGGGCAAGAGGACAAAAAAAAACUUUCAACCCCAAGACUGCACAUCCAUGUCAUUGAUUUUGGUGCCAAUAUUUGUGUUAUGAGUAUAAAUGACAUGUACAGUACCCAUCUUCACUGAAAAAGAAUCCCAAUGGAAAAUAACAGGCAAAUUAAAAAUAAAUAUUGUAUUCACCUGGUUUAAA